GGCGACGUCUUGUCAAUUGAUCCCACAGCGCGACUUUCAUAUCACCGACACUCAUCACGCAGCUUCUCCCGUCCAUUUCACAGAUUCACCUCUAGCUCCCAGCUCCAUCAAUCUUCUCUCGCAACCAACCAUGUCGUCGGGCCGUGAUAUCUAUGGUACUGAACAGGAUCGAGUGAACUGCUCGUUUUACCUCAAGAUUGGUGCGUGCCGCCAUGGCGAUCGCUGCUCGCGUAAGCACAUCAGACCAGGCUUCUCGCAGACGGUUCUUCUCCCAAACGUGUACAACAACCCGUCGCACACUACUGAGGGGGCCAUGAUGACGCCCGAGGAGCUGCAGGCAGACUUUGACCGUUUCUAUGAAGAUUUCUUCAUCCAGCUGUGCAAGUACGGAAACGUGCAGGAAAUGCACGUGUGCGACAACGUUGGCGAUCACCUCGAGGGCAACGUCUACGUGAGGUAUGAGUGGGAGGCUGAGGCAGCAAAGGCGGUAGACCAGCUCAACAACCGGUGGUACGGCAUGCGCCCACUGCACGCCGAGCUGUCACCGGUGAGCGACUUCCGUGAGGCCUGCUGCCGCCAGAACGAGCUCGGGGAAUGCAAGCGCGAAGGAUAUUGCAACUUCAUGCACCUGUGCCACCCAACGAAGGCCCUCGUCUCAAGCUUGCAGGCGAGCCAGCGGAUAUCGCGCCGCAAGAUCGCGAACGGUAUCGCCGGCGCCGACACGGGCGAGCUCGGCUGGGUGCCUGGCGGAGGACGGAAGGACGAAAGCCUGGGCUGGGUGCCGGGACGGAGGUAGAUGUACAUGUACUGCAGUGUGAUGACAAGAUUCCGUCUACAACAGCUUGAGCUUGCC